AUGGCGACUUCUGUUCACGUUGAUCCUUCUACUGAGAACGAAGAUCCUGUGGGAAUUGACACUGUGGGCACAAAAGUGAUUACCUUAGUCCCCCCGUCUUCAUCAGCCAGUAAUUUUGCUUCCUUUAUUGACGUCUACUUUUCUCUUUUUCUUUUUCCUUUUAUCUUACUUUGUUGUAUUCUAUUACUGCGUGUUUACUUUGCUGUUUAUGCAACAAUCACCAUAACAGGAAAAAAUGCUACCAUGCCGACAUUGGUUUCCCUCGCUGAUUCACUUCCCCAAUUUCAGCAUCCUUUUAUUGUGACCAGUGUUCCUCCAUCCCCUUUUCAAACAGAGGUUGCCACUGAUGAGGAAGCACUGGAUAAAGCUCGAGCCUGCUUGAUGGAGGGGAUAUAUUUGCUGAAUGAAGUAUUCAUCCGCACGAAAGCACGUUCAGAUGAGCUUUCUAAAUGCCAGGUUGAUUUCAAUGAAGCUUUAAGGGAGUUGAAACAGUUGUGGGUUCUUCCUGAGUAG